UUUCACAUGUGAAUCAGUGCAACAAGAAGCCAUGACGGACGAUCAUGAGAUCCGAAGGAGCGUGGAGGAGCUGAGGCUGACGUUUAAAAGCGGCAAAACUAGAAGUGGUGAUUGGAGGAAAGCACAACUCCAAGCCAUUCUAAGACUUGUUCAUGAAAAUGAAGAUACCCUUUUUCGGUUACUUGAAUUGGAACUAGGCAAACAUCCGGUUGAAUCUUAUCGCGAUGAAGUUGGAGUGAUCAAGAAAUCAGCUGACCAUGCAUUGGCCUGCAUUGACCAAUGGAUGUCCCCAAAGAAGGGACGGUUACCUCUAGUUUUCUUCCCAGCAAGUGGAAAAGUGUUGUCCGAGCCACUCGGCGUAGUCCUCAUCAUUGGUUCAUGGAACUUCCCAAUCACAUUGACACUGGACCCGCUAAUAGGAGCAAUAUCCGCAGGCAACGCAGUGGUACUAAAACCAUCGGAGUUAUCCCCGAACUGCGCCUCUUUUCUUGCCAAUGUAUUGCCAUCUUACUUGGACCCGAAAGCCGUUAAGGUUAUAGAAGGCGGACGGGAAGUAGCCAACCGACUACUGGAAUAUAAAUGGGACAAAAUAUUCUUUACAGGGAGUCCAAAAGUGGGAAGGAUUGUCAUGGCUGCAGCUGCAAAGAACUUAACUCCUGUCACAUUAGAGCUUGGAGGAAAAUGUCCAGUCAUCUUUGAUUCCCUCCCUAACUCAGAUUUGAAGGUGGCUGUCAAAAGAGUUGCUAGCGGAAAAUGGGGCGCUUGCGCUGGACAAGCCUGCAUAGGAAUUGAUUAUGUGAUUGUUGAACACAAGUUUGCUUCCACUCUGAUUGAACAACUGAAGAAGACCAUCAAAAGAUUUUAUGGGGAUGAUGUGAAAAACUUGAAAAACCACUCGAAAAUCAUCAACAAGAACCAUUUCGAUAGAUUAAGAAGUUUUCUUGAAGACCCUGCGGUAGCAAACUGUAUAGUUUAUGGUGGUUCGUUCGACGACACAAGUUUGAUUAUUGAACCGACAAUCUUGUUAGAUCCUCCACUAGAUGCUGAGAUCAUGAACGAAGAGAUAUUCGGCCCUUUGCUUCCAAUCAUCACUGUGGAUAACAUUGAAGAAAGUGUCGAAUUCGUCAACUCAAAGCCAAAGCCUCUUGCUCUUUAUGCAUUCACCAAAAAUGAAAACUUCAAGAAGCGGAUUUUGGCCGAAACAUCAUCAGGGAGUGUGACUUUCAAUGACGCCAUGAUUCAGUUUGUGUGUGACGAUUUACCAUUUGGAGGGGUUGGGCAAAGCGGGUUCGGUAGGUAUCAUGGGAAGUACUCUUUUGAUACAUUUAGCCAUGAAAAAGCGGUUCUAGAGCGAAGCUUCUAUUUUGAGCUCGAGCCAAGGCAUCCGCCAUGGAGUAGGUUCAAGUUGGAGUUCUUAAGGGCUGCAUACAACUAUAACUAUGUGGGAAUGCUACUACUAUUUUUGGGCUUGAAGAGGGUAUCAAAAUCUUGAGAGAAAAAGGGGUUAACAUGAUCAUGUCAUACAAAUGCGGUAUUUAUGUCAUUUUGUUUGCGUUGAAAUUUUGAUUUCUAUAACUUUUACGGCAUACAUUGGUUACCUUGGUUUGUUAUAUUGCUAUGUAAUCCGAAGAAAAGGACCGAUUUGUAGUUAAUCGAAGGUAUCAAAGAAGGGUGGCGUGUUC